AUGGGAAACGAACAUAAUUGUCCACACUGUGAUGCACAAUUCAAGCAUCCUUCGACCCUUAAACGACACUUGGAAAAACAUUUGUUCACCGGCGACUGGUUGUGCGUCUUGUGCAGUACUUUCUGCAACCGAUUGACUGUUUUGGAUUUUCAUUGGCAAAACUCUUGUCCAGAAAUAAAAGCAAUUUUUUGUGAAGAUGACAGAAAGGCUAUGUCGUCAGAAGAUCUCCGAGAAGCCGCUUUCCGAUUAACUCUUGAUCGUUAUACCUUAUGGAAUAAUGGCGAAGAAGAAGGAAGUUGUCGUACCACAUAUCACGACGACAAGUCAAUACUCUCCUUAUGUAUCUACUGUAAUUUGUAUCUUCCAAGUGGAACAAUGAACACGCACUAUGGUGUGCACACAAAUCAGAACAGUCCAGGGAAAUGUUGUAGCGAAUCAGCAGUUUCGUAUAUAUGUGAUCUUUGCGGAUACGGUUUUCGAUUUCUAAAAACAUUAUAUAAACACUGGAGACACCAUUGUCCAGAAUUGCUAACACAUUUUCCUCCUCUCGGAAUGGAUAUCGAUAAUCGACGGCUAAGGAAAAUGGUGGCAAGUUUGGUGAGACAAGCAGAAGUAGUAGUUCCCUAUGAAGUGAUGAAAAUGAACAGAGACGAUGAAACUGAAAAAGAAUUUGAAUUGGACGAUGAUGAAGACGAAGAUGAAGAGGCAAGACUUUCGUACAUGUCACGAAUUACUCCACCCUUUGAUCGCGAUCGGUAUUUCUGGAACAUUGGAAAUCACCAAGAACAUCAUUCCUGUCUUCACUGUCAUCGAAAAUUUCAUUCACUGGGAAGACUGGAACGACACAAUGAAAUAUUCCACCAAAGCAAAAAACGACCGGCCACUUGUGAGCUUUGUCAAACCACUUUCACAAGUAAUCGAAUUCUUUAUCAUCACCUUCGAAAUGCUUGCAAAGUGAUGCGAAUCGAAGUACCAGACAAUGAGAUCCGCAAGAAAAUGGGUGUCGAAGAACUUAUGAAAACUGUUAUGAAAGCAUCAGAAUGGUGGAAAGAGUUGCUAGAAAAGAAAAAGGCUUCGAAUAUCAAGUUUAUACAAGAAUUCAUAGAAGAUAUUGAUAAGAAAAGAAGACAGUGCGCUGAAAAAGUAACUUCAACUCCAAUUCUGCAUGUUCCCAUGCCUCAAUCGAGCUUUGCGAUGGAACAACCGACUGGAAGCAGUGUUUGUAUCAGUUGUAAAAUUGUAUUCAAGUCUCCUCGGUUUCUAUAUCAGCAUCAACAAAUGGUUCAUGGAAAUCAACAUCCUCGAACUCAACUGACCAUCACUGCCAGCUCUCUCCUGCCUUACUUCAAACUUCAAGAGGCGCUUUUCUACGAUUCCGAAGGAAAUGAAUAUCGAAUGGGAAAGUUCCUUGAAAAAGGCAAAGAUCUCGCGAAGCAUCUAAAGGAUAGGAUCAUUUGUCCCGGAACAAAAAUCUUCACUGUAGAGGAAAACGACUGUUUUGUAAUGGAAUUGUUGGGUGGCGAUGGUCAAUACAUUUCACUGAAUCACGAAGAGUUGCCAGAUGUUUGUGAAAUUGAUGGAACGGUUAAAAAGCUGUUCAGUCAAAAUCCGAAAGAAUUUGACGAUUUUCCGAUGCUAGAGAAAUUUCUACUGGGAUUUCUAUUCCAAAAUGUGAAAACUGCACGCAUAUUGCUGACAGUUAUGGAUCAAGGAAGAUCACACGCGACGUCAUUCAAUGCAUUUAUGCAUCGACUUCAGCAGGACAAUCAUACAACUGCAUUGGAAUUUGCGAAAUUUCAUCCAGAUAUUGAUUUUGGAAUGGAGGAGAAAUUCAUUGAUAUGGACGGUUUUCAGAAUCCAUUUUCUUCUCCAGAUUUUGAUAAAAUCGCAUUCGAAGAAGACUACAGCUUCAUUCAUCAGGCCGUCGCUUAUGGAUUUGGUUCGGAAACUUGCAACAAUAUUCUGAAUCACAAAAGAGAAAAAUUCUUCGAUAUAGUAUCCGAAGACUGGGAUCUCUAUUUAUCAGACUCUCUAUUCGCUGUUUGUGGUUACGGAAUGGCUGAAAUCAGUGGAAAACCACAUGUAAUGAUGCAUUCAACUGAUCUGGAAUCAGCACAGGGCUCAUUCAAAGGAUUCUCAAGAAACUACGCAACAUUUGUUCCAAGUAAUCUUCCGUUCACAAUGCUCGAUUUCUCUGUCUCAAAGUAUUCUCAUCGAGUAUGGGCUGCCUAUGAUUGGUUCGGCAGUUAUAUUUUCACUGCGAUUGUGGGGAAUUUCGCUCAAAAAUGGGCUCUUCGAAGCAUUAUUCCGGUUCCAUAUUUCUCGUUUUCCGAGUAUAACAGAAAGAGCUCAUUCACCUUUACCGAUAUGCCCGAUUCGUUGUUCCCACCGGCUUCUAGAACAAACGACUUUUUCUCUUUCGGCGCAUAUUGUAAAUCGAGCUCGAAGCCUCUGGAUUCUGAAUUCUUGUCAUUUAUCGAUGACCCGAAAUCUAAGGGAACUAUUAUUAUUGCGUUUGGAACCUUCAUUGAUUGGAGAAAAGCCCCGGAUCAUUAUUAUGAAACAUUUUCGACAGUAAUCAAUCAGUUAACCGAUUAUCGAGUUAUUUGGAGCAUGAAAGGAGACCGUCCACUUGGUUUGGGAAAUCAUGUUAAAACAUCUGGAUGGGUGCCGCAAAACCAAAUUCUUCAUCACAAUAAAACAGUUUUAUUUUUGAGCCACGGAGGACUGAAAAGCACCAAGGAAGCAAUUUGUUCUGCAACUCCAACGAUAUUUGUGCCAAUGUUUGGAGAACAAACCAGAAAUUCUUGGCUUAUCAAGGAAAAGGGUUUCGGAAGAAUAAUGAACAAGUUCCAAAUCAAUGUAAGAGAACUUGAAACUCAUAUGAAAGAAGUUUUGGAUCACCCAAGCUAUCAACAAAACGCCAACAAAUUUUUAACUCACUACAUGGAUCAACCAAUUCCCACUCUUGAUGAAGGAGCUUUUCGAUUUAAUAAACUACUCAAAUAUUAUGGAAAGAUGCCUGCAUAUUUUUAUCCAAAGUCUCUUGAUCUCUCUUAUAUCACUGCUCUUAAUUUAGACUUACACAUCUAUAAUCAUUUCGAAGAUAUCAACCGUCGUCGAUCGGAACUCCACCGUUUGAUUCACUGGCUGGAAAAUCAAAAGUCAAUUACCGAUGCUGUGCGUACAGGAUUGGAUAGGUUGUUGAGAAGAGAGAUUGCACCCAGAGAUGUUAACAAGUACCUGAAUGGUUUCUUCUCUUUUUCUUACGAAAACUCUCGAACUCUUUACAUUGAAAUCACCGCGAGACCAUCAGAUCUCGAUGAUCUUUCUCGGCCAAAUGGUUUUUCGCUGUUAAACGAACGAUUGCAAGAGCUAAGAAACGCGUUUUAUGAAGAAGAAUCAUUUGACAAUCGAGAACAAAAUCAUAGAGACCCCAGCCCAGAACUGUCAGAACCAACCCCAAGUCACGCGGAACAAAUGGCCAUUUUACUCAACAAUGCAGCAGUUAAUGUAGGACCUGCUCGAGUAAUCAGACCGGAUUCGAAUAGAUUAUCUAGACGCGAUUUGGACAGGAAUGCCGCCUCGGAAACCAGACCAAAACCGACUUCUUCUUCUGGACCAGCCCAACCGCCAACCAGAAAAAUGGACACCAGAAGAAGGGAGCCGUCAACGACAACUUUUCAUCAACUGCCGAGAGUCCCCCAAUCCGAAAAUUCGAAGGAACUGUGUGAAAAGAAGUUUAAUGCUACAUUAUGCUCCAAUAACACUAGUGAGAAAGUUUCACACGAACAAACAUCUCUGUCUAACACGUCUUUCGAAGCAGCAGGACCUACUGUUCCGAUUACUCCCGUGCAUCUGCCACCUUCGUUGUCAAAACGGUCUACAGAAACGAUAGUAGCUGCUCUUGCAAAAUCGUCAAUGUCUGAAUUAUCAGUUCACGAAACUUCAAUCUGUUCGAAUGAUAAGCUCUCUACAGUAUCAAAAACUGAUGUUCAGAUUACUAGAGUGAAAUUAUCAGCUGCAUCCCAACCAGUAAUGCAUUCUCCUCUUAACGUCUCCACAAGCCUCGCACAAUUUUCCGCUGAACCGAUUCGAAAACAGCCAGAGAAGAAAGGAUUUUUAGAAACUCUGUCGAUGUCUCCUCAGAAACAAGCUUUAUCAAGUGCGGUUAGUGGUGGGAUGCCCUUUCACAGUUUCCGACCUUAUCCUGAUCAACAAGCGAAAGUCACGGAUGAAUUCAAAUCCAGCACGUUCUAUUCAUCUUCAUUGCAUACGCCAACAAUUGCUACGUCAGGACGCCAGUCAUGUUUUGUUUCUACUGAAAAGAUAAUACUCACUGGUCAAGUAGCAACAUCAAUGAUUUCGAUUGAACCGUUAGAUUGGAUCCCCGAGGUCAAAAAACGGAAGCCUGCUUUGUUGCCUAAAUCAAUCGGACCACUAGUUUUUCAACUUAACGAGACUGGAGAAAUUGUUCCGGCGACGGCUCCAAAUGCCCUGACAGAAGACCUAUCUUUCAACCAUUUCAGCUCCGAAAAGUUGCCAUCACAAUCCCCAGGCUGCAAGAAGAAGAAACCGAACGGAAUAUGCGGACGGUGUGGGGGAACAAUAUACAGUAGUCACAAAAUCCGUCAAUGCAGGUGUUGUAAGAUGCAAUAUCACCUGAAGUGUUGGACCGAAUUCGCCCAAUGGUCACCGUACUGCGUAGGCUGCCAGAAAUCAGUCUUCUAA